UCUUAUGAAUCUCGCCAACUCGACGUGUAUUUCGCGCAAAUGUCCGAACCUAUGGAAGUGAACUUUGCGACUUUAAUCGAAGAAUAUAAUCAGUUUUUUGGCCCACUUUAUGGCCCUUCCCUUAUCCAAGCGUUUACAAAGCUGGCAAAGACGUCGACGCCCGAAGAAGACGAUGGACAUCGUGCCUCAGACCUAUACAACUUAAUCGCAGAUAUUGUUCGCCCAAUCAAAACUGCUUAUGGGAACCUUAGCGAGGCCAAACAAGGACUCCAAGAUCGAGUGGAGGAGCUCAAGAAGGACACAGCAUUCAGCAGGGGGCAAUUAGAAAAAAGCGAGAGGCAAUUAGAAAAAAGCGAGACGCGACUGCAGCACGAGGAAGAAAAAUACAACCAACGCUUCGAGAAUAUCCUCGAGCUGACGAAAAAGUUGGCUAUAUCCGAAACAGAACGGAAUAUUCUCCAAAGGCAACUGGAUCAAGCUCGCGACCACAUUUUCUUUCUCGAAAAUAGUAAAACCGAGUUCAAGUACGGCAAAACCCUUGGCCAUCAUGGUUCCAGAACACGCACCCAGCUAUGGGACGAGCUCAAAUCACAAAAUCAGGUCCGCGAAAUAUCCUUGAAGUUUUCGCCGACUGAGGAAGACGUCAAUAAUCUCGCCGCUGCAACAGAAAUGUUUAAGACGCUGACUCGGGACAAAAAGGACACCUGGAAGGUCGAAAAAGACAUGUACAAGGAUCUCAACGAGCUCGUUCGGAAGCUAUGCCCUGAUGGCUCCUAUACUAUCGAUACCCACAUGGAUCACAGUGUAGACACGACGAUUGCCUGGAGUCCGCGCAUUCCUAACGCCCUUUUCAAUAUCAUGUUUGUCAUCGAGUGGAAGCAUCCGAGUGUGUCCAUCACGACGGGAGGCGAACGUGGCCAGAUGAUCGACUACCUGCUCGCAAUUCGAGAAAGGCUACCGGCACAAUCAAAGUUUCAUGGCAUACUUUCCAAUUUCAUCGAGUCCGCCGUCUUUGAAGUCAAUUUUCGCUCGGAUGGGACCUAUACCGUCCAGAUCUCGACGACGAAUGAUUUGGUAUCUGCGGUGGCGUAUGCGCUCAACCAGUCUGAACGAAAAACAAUCGAAUUCACCCUCCCUGAAUCGUAUAAGGACAAUGCGGAAAUAUUCGCGUCUACUCCAGAACACUUUGUCGCCCAUGCCCCGCUUUCGAAUCGCCAACACCCCCAAGUCUUCCCUGAAGCAUCGCGAGUGGUGAUCAAAGUGUUAUCUCCGAAGGCAGAUGAUGUUAGCCCGAACAACUGGGCGCGCGUUUAUUGGAAUGAGCUGGAGAUGCUGAAAAAAGUCCGUCAAAGCAAAUCAAUCCACAUUGUCGAAUAUCUCCCCGAUAACUUCCCCACCCUGGUCAUGGUGCCUUUUGGGCGUUCGAUCAAUGAUAACGAGGCAUCUUCUACACUGAAGAACGCCGUCACAGGCGUUCUUGCUGGUCUCAAGCACAUACACAAAUGCGACGUAAUCCACCGUGACCUUCGCCGAUCCAACGUGGUUCUAAUUCAGCGCGGCGACAAACCCCAACCGGUCAUCAUUGACUUCGGAUGCGCGACCGAUUCUUGGUCGAAGGAGAUCCCAUACGAAGGUUCGGCGCUGGCUGUACCCCCGCGUCUUCUGCUGAUGAACGAGGACGAGCUCUAUGAUCCCCUGUUCUCUGACGAUCUCUUUGCAUUCAUCCUCUUUGUCCAAACCUUGUUAUUCCCGCUUGCUUUCGUUGGCUUUAACGUCGGACGCGUGAAUCCCAAUCGCGACAAAUCCAAGUUUUCCUCCGAAACACAUCGGCUCUUCCAACUGUGGGGGGAUAUAAAAUCAUCACCAACUUGGGGCAACUUCUACGCGGCAGCAUGUAAGGAGGAUUAUGACUCCCUUGCAGAUAUGGCAAACCUGUUCACGACAAUGGACACCACGAGACGUGGGAAACGGAGUGGGUGA